UAGCAAGAUGGCGGCAGCGGCGGAGCUUUCGGGACGGAGUCCCCGGGCCAAGGGCUAUUGGAAGGUUCUGUGGUCUCCGUUGGCUCUGCUGCUUACGUUUCUGCUCUUGCAGGCUGGCUCCGCGGAUCAGACGGAGGAAUAUCUGAAACGAGAGCACUCGUUGAGCAAACCCUACCAGGGUGUCGGCUCUUCUACCUCAUCGCUGUGGGAUUUGAUGGGCAAUGUCCUUGUGACUACGCAGUACGUACGUCUGACCCCUGACCUCCAGAGCAAGCAGGGCGCUGUCUGGAACCGUGUGCCUUGUUACCUAAGGGAUUGGGAGCUGCAGGUUCAUUUUAAAGUCCACGGCCAAGGCAAGAAGAACCUAAAUGGCGAUGGCUUUGCCAUUUGGUACGCCAAGGACAGGAUGCAGCCUGGUUCUGUGUUUGGGAGCAAACAUAACUUUGUGGGUCUAGGCGUGUUUGUAGACACGUAUCCAAAUGAGGAAAAGCAGCACGAGUCCCAGAAGAAGAGAUACACCCCAGGGAUACAGCGCGUGUUUCCGUACGUGUCCGCCAUGGUGAGCAAUGGGUCUCUGACAUAUGACCACAGCCGAGAUGGACGUCCGACUGAACUUGGUGGCUGCACAGCCAUCUUGAGGAACCUCAACCAUGACACUUUCCUUGUGAUCCGCUAUGUGAAGCGUCGGCUUACGGUCAUGGUAGACAUCGAUGGGAAGCAUGAAUGGAAGGACUGUCUGGAUGUUUCUGGCGUGCGCCUGCCUCGUGGAUAUUACUUUGGUACCUCGGCGGCCACUGGAGAUCUGUCAGAUAACCACGACAUUAUAUCUCUGAAACUGUACCAGCUGAGCGUGGAGCGCACCGCAGCCGAGGAGGCGAUGGAUAAAGAAGUCUUUGUACCCAGUGUAGACAACCUGAAGCUUCCCGGAGCUGAUCCCACCUCGGAGUCCAUGAGCGGUUUUGCGAUCUUUCUAAUCGUCUUCUUCUCCCUGCUCGGACUGGUCUUCGCUGGGGUUAUUUUGCUAAUUGUGUACAGCAAAUGGCAGGAGCGAAGCCGCAAACAUUUUUACUGAACCCGUUGGAAGUUCUGCCAAGCACCGUCUGUGUCGGGGGGUUUACGAGCCUCGGCUUGUGACUACUGAGGGUCCUACCUGCUGAUCGCGCGUCGAACAGAAAACACUGCUCAGCUGCCUAUUACUACUGUUGGUUUUCAGUUUA